CUCCUCAGUGGUCGUGUGCUGCGCAGGAUGGAGGCAACAAGGAAGCGAGUGUUUAAUAGCGGUGUGCGAGGGGAACUUCACCUGCAAGGAAAAUGAGGUGUGUGUCCGGCCUAGCGAGUGCCGCUGCCGCCACGGCUACUUUGGCGCCAACUGCGACACAGAGUGUCCCCGGCAGUUCUGGGGUCCUGACUGCAAGGAGAUGUGCAGCUGCCACCCCAACGGGCAAUGUGACGAUGUGACGGGCCAGUGCACCUGCAACCCCAACCGCUGGGGUCCCAAAUGCGAGAACGUCUGCCUCUGCAAGCACGGCAAGUGUGACCAGAAGACAGGCAAAUGCACCUGCGAGCCCAACUGGUGGGGACCCCAGUGCUCCACCUCUUGCUACUGCAGCCACAACUCCCAGUGCGACCAGCAAACGGGCAACUGCCUGUGCCAGCCCGGCUGGUGGGGCCGCGGUUGCAACAACCAGUGCUCCUGCAACAACUCGCCCUGCGAACAGUUCACGGGGCGCUGCCAGUGCCGGGAGCGGACAUUUGGGCCCCGCUGUGACCGUUACUGCCAGUGCUACAAGGGCAAGUGCAAUCAGGUGGAUGGGACCUGCACGUGCGAGCCAGGCUAUCGGGGGAAGUACUGCCGCGAGCCGUGACUCUACGGCCAAGGCUGCAGGAGGCGGUGUGGGCAGUGCAAGAGCCUGCAGCCAUGCACUGUGGCAGACGGGCGCUGUCUGACCUGUGAGGCGGGCUGGAAUGGCACCAAGUGCGACCAGCCCUGCUCACCUGGCUUCUAUGGAGAGGGCUGUGAGAAGCUCUGUCCCCCUUGCAAGGACGGCCACGGCUGCAAUCACAUCAAUGGCAAGUGCUCCCAUUGCAACCCGGGCUGGAUCGGAGACCGGUGUGAAACCAAGUGCCGGAAUGGGACGUAUGGGGAGAACUGUGCCUUCGUCUGCAGUGACUGUGUCAACGGCCAGUGCCACUUUGACCAGUGCCUCUGCCGCCCCGGCUCCCACGGCACCUACUGUAACCUGACUUGCCCACCCGGCCGCUACGGA